AUGUCGACCGGACAGAUCAUGAGAAUGGCGGCGGCGAGAAUCAUCAACCUCGAGUCCCGAACCGUCGACGUGGAGGCACUUUUCAAGAACCCGUUCGACCUCUGCCUCUCCAGGAUUUCCUACGAGGACGCGCGCAACGUGGAGCUCGUGGAGUACGUCCUCGCCGCCGCCGAGAAAGUCGGCAACCGCCAGUUCGAGCUCGCCGCCGAAUUGCUCCGCCUCUGCGACUGCCUGUCUUCGCCGGCCGGGAACCCCGUCCAGCGCGUCGCUCACUACUUCUCACGCGCGCUCCGCGAGAAAAUCGCGAGAGGAACGGGAAUGCUCACGGCGGGGGAAGAAAAAAACCGGCAGCAACCGGGAGAUUUUCAAAACGGCGCCGUACAAGCGCUGUACGAGAAAAUCCCAUUCUGCCAGGUGGCGCACCUCGCGGUGACGCAAGUGGUGCUGGAACACGUGUCCCACGCCAAGAGGAUCCACGUCAUCGACCUGAGGAUUCGGAACGGGAUGCAGUGGAUCCCACUUAUGCAGGCUCUGGCGUCGUCCCAGUGCGACCGACACGUGGAGAUUCUGAAGAUCACGGCCGUGGGGACUACAGCGGGUCCCACCACGAGGCGGGAUAUUGAAGACACGGGGAGAAGGCUGACGAGUUUCGCCAAGGCCAUGAAUCUUAUGUUUGAGUUCAAGGUCGUGAUGGUUUCGGUCAUAUCUGACGUACAAGAUGAUAUGUUCGACCUCGAUCCUCGAGAAGCCACGGCUGUGUACUCGGAGUUCUACCUCAGAAAGCUGGUGGGCACGGGAGGGCCAGCCAGCGACCAAAUGGACAAGCUGAUGGCCACGAUCAGAGCCAUCGGGCCGCGAGUGAUGGUGGUGGUGGAGGCCGAGGCGAACCACAACUCCUCGAACUACGCGCGUCGGUUCGUGGACGCCCUGUUCCACUAUGGUGCACUAUUCGACUGCAUCGGCGAGUGCAUGGUGGAACCGAACGAUUCGGGUCGGGUCGAGUUGGAGUCGAGGGUGCUGGCCGGGUGGAUUCGAAACAUCGUGGCGGCGGAAGGGGAGGAGAGGAAGAUAAGGAGUGUGACGAUGGACGUGUGGAGGACACUCCUUGCUAGGUUCGGAUUAGGGGAGGCAAAGAUGAGCGCGUUGGUGCUUUAUCAGGUGGGUUGGGUGUUGGGCCGGUUUUCGUGUGGGCGGUUUUGUAAAGUCGACAUUAAUGGGAAGAGUAUAGUAAUUGGGUGGAAGGGUACGCCCAUUGUUUCGAUUUCUGCCUGGAAGUUUAGCCGUCCCAGAAAACAAAACGGUGAUGAUCGCAAUUAG